UUUGUGUAUGAGCAGUGAAGAACGCGGAGACUUCACCGGGCUGAGUUAGGAAACGUGGCCUUAACAGCGAUUCGAUUUCAUCUCAAUGAGAAGCACACUCAGUUGACACUCUCAGUCUAUCUACAUUUAAGGGUCGCAGUAUUCAAACGCGCUAAAACAUGGCUGAUGUGGAGCAGAACGCAGCUUUGCCAGACGGAUCCAGUAACGCAUCAGAUGCGGUUAACGGGACCGCUGGCCGGUUCGUUUCCAGCGCCGAGGGCACAGCGCUGGCUUACGGGAGUCUGCUGCUCAUGGCCCUGCUGCCCAUCUUCUUCGGAGCGCUCAGAUCCGUGGGCUGUUCCAAAACCAAGAAUGCUUCAGAUAUGCCCGAGACCAUCACAAGCCGAGAUGCCGCUCGAUUCCCGAUCAUUGCCAGCUGCACUCUCUUUGGCCUAUAUCUCUUUUUCAAGAUUUUCUCGCAGGAGUACAUUAACUUGCUGCUAUCCAUGUAUUUCUUUGUGCUGGGCAUAUUAGCACUGUCUCAUACAAUGAGUCCCUUUAUGUACAGAGUUUUCCCUGCUAACUUGCCAAAUAAACAGUACCAGCUGCUGUUUACCCAGGGCUCAGGAGAGAGCAAAGAGGAGAUCGUCAACUAUGAGUUUGACACUAAGGAUCUGAUAUGCCUGGGAAUCAGCAGUGUGGUAGGAGUCUGGUACAUCCUCAAAAAGCAUUGGAUAGCCAAUAACCUGUUUGGUCUGGCGUUUGCCCUGAAUGGAGUGGAGCUGCUCCACCUCAAUAAUGUCAGCACUGGAUGCAUCCUGCUGGGAGGUCUGUUCGUUUACGACGUGUUCUGGGUUUUUGGCACCAAUGUUAUGGUGACAGUUGCUAAGUCCUUUGAAGCUCCAAUUAAGUUGGUUUUCCCACAGGAUUUGCUGGAGAAAGGGUUGAAUGCCAGUAACUUUGCCAUGUUGGGACUGGGGGACAUUGUCAUUCCGGGAAUCUUUAUUGCUCUGCUCCUGCGCUUUGAUGUCAGUUUGAAGAAGAACACACGGACUUACUUCUACACCAGUUUCCUGGCUUACAUUUUCGGCCUGGGGCUUACCAUAUUCGUUAUGCACACAUUUAAACACGCUCAGCCUGCUCUGCUAUACCUGGUCCCUGCUUGUGUUGGAUUUCCAGUGCUGCUGGCCCUGUUCAAAGGAGAACUGACUGAGAUGUUCAGCUAUGAGUCGUCAGGCGAAGUUUUGCCCCACACCCCGCGGCUCACUCAUUUCCCCACCGUGUCGGGCUCUCCAGCUAGUCUGGCAAACUCCAUGCAGAGUUUUGGCCUGUCGACCCCCCGCCGUCGCCGACACACACCCUCCGACAUAUACGAAGAGUCUUCACCAGAAGAGGCGUCAUUGAAAGAGGAAAUGACAGAAUCUGAUAAAGACAAAUAAAAAUGCGAAUUGAGCCCUUAUUCAUGUCCUACAUUUGUUUGUCAUAGUGAUGUGGUCACGCGGCAAACCAUCAUGUUCGGAGUCUGCUCACGGCAGUCACGUAUUCUGUACUUUUGAACUUUAUUUUAAUGAUGUACGACAGCUUUCUCAGUGCCUGUGUGUUCUCUUUGUUCCUUUUGUUCAUUUCAUUGCCUUCAAUGUUCAUAUUUAAACAAUUGAUUGGUAAUUUGCUUUCAAAGUAUUUUUUAUUUUAUUAUUUUCUCUUUUUUCCCCCUUAAUUAUUAUAAUACAGUGUUUGAACUGGAUAGAAUGUGUGUCUGAAUGUAAUGUGUCAAGAUGCUAUACAGAUUUAUUAAAAAUCUGAUGUCACAAGUCCGGUACCUAUUCCUGUGUAGCUGAUUUCUGUUGUUGGUUUUACUCUAGGAUCUCGUAAGAGGUUCCAUUGUAAAACACAAGUAAUUGUCAAUUUUACAUUACAUGAAAGGACAGACACGUUCUGGAUGAAAUAUUUUUGCUUUAUGCAAAAGUGGGACCAAAUAUCUCCCUGUCAAGUGAUGAUGGUGUUUACAUGUUAUGUUUUUUUUUUUUUGUUUGUUUGUUUUUUUUCUGGAUGUAGUUGAAGGGUUUUGAGUUUAGUUUUAUAUUACCAUAUUGUGUCCUGAUCAUAUUUGUUUGUACACAUCAUGCUUAGCUUGGUAACCGUCAUUUUACAGUCUCCUCUUGUGUAAUCUUUCUUUUCUCAAUGUAAAAGUGUAAAAGUUUAAGCUUAUGUAAGGAGCAUUUCUUCCUUGGUUAAACUUAUUUGCAUUAAACUGUGGUGUUUACCACUGUAGAAAAGCAUA